AUGCGCGGCGGCGGCGUCGCGUCCGCGCGAUGCGCGCCCAUCGCGCGCGCGCUCCCGCGCGUCGACCGCGCGCGCGCGUCGACGACCGCGCGCGCGCUCCCGCGCGUCGCACCGCCGUGGCGAGCGCCGGUCGCGCUCGAAUCGCUCGGCGCUCGGCGCGCGCGCGGGUUAGUCGGGACGGCGGCGGCGCGCGCGGGACGCGUCGUCGCCUCGGCGAGCGAUGACGCGGAAGAAGACGACGUUGAUCGCGUCGUCGACGCGAAUGAUUUCGAAAGCGAGGACGCGGACGAGGGCGCGGUGCGCGCGGCGGACGAAGCGGUGGUUGGCGCGCGCGUGGACGCCGACGUGGACGAAUUGUUGUCGAGCGUGCGAACGACGACGACGUGGGGAGGGGAUUGGGCGGAGUUUGUCAUAUUUCUCGCGCGUUUGCAAGCGCUCGGGUACAGUGGGGUGAACGCGGAUGAAAUCGUCGUCGCGGCGGGGGAUUCGAAGACGCCGGAGUGGGCGCGAGGCGUGAGCGGCGGCGGAGACGACGCGGCCGCCGGCGCCGACUCGGAGUCUAAAUUCGAGAGCGACGAAGAGGAUUUGACGCCGUCGGAUCCAGGAGAGAUCAAACGAUUGGCGCUCUCUUUCGCGCGCGAUCGACCUGAUUUAUUUUCGCGAUUGCCCGAGUCUCUGGUGUAUCAACUCAUCGAUUGGCCGUUGCCUCGAAGGUUGAAUAAUCGCAAGCUCAACGCCGGUUUGCAGCGCCUGCGAGCGUCGAUGUCGAUGGACGUUUCGCAUUUGCGAGGCAAGUGCUCGGCGUGCGAUAAACUUCAGGACAGACAAGAGAAUCCGGCGCUGCAAUUAUCGGAUUUGCUUCGCGUUCUGUUGGUGCUGAAUGACAUCGACGAUCCCGACGAGUUCGCCGAUCUUCCGUCCAAGGAACUGGCGUCGGAUUGCGUUCGACGAUUGUUGCGCCUGGCGGAAUCGCCGAAACCACCGCCGGAGGAAAUGCCGAUCGACACGUCCAAAGUUUCGACCGCGAAAUCGUCCACGGGACGAAGAUCUUUCGACGACAGACCGCCUCGCUACGACGAUCGCGGUCGCGGUCGCGGCCGCGGCGAUUCUUUCCGAGGCCAAAGGCGAGACGACUGGGGAAGAGGCGGUGGAUCGUACGAAAGAAGAGACGACAGGGCGCCAAGGUUUGAACGCCGCGAUGAUCGCGGUGGAUACGAACGGAGAAGAGACGACGGGCCGCCGCGAUUUGAGCGCAGAGACAGGGACGAUCGAAGAGAGGAGUUCGGAAGCAGAUUCGACGACAGGCGCUCGGACGAUCGCUUCGGCGACCGCGGUGGACGCGGUCGUGGCGGAUACGAAGGUCGCGGUGGUCGCGGCGGCCGCGGUCGCGGCUUCGACGACGAUAGACGUCAAUCUUUCGAUCGGUUCGACGAUCGUCCGCCGCGAUUCGAGCGCAGGGACGGCGGUGGUCGCGGCGGUGACUUCGGCGGCCGAUUCGAUGACAGAGGCGGUCGCGGUGGCGGUCGCUUCGAAGAUCGAGGCGAACGCUUCGGCGGUCGCGACGGCGGUCGCUUUGGCGGUCGCGGCGGCGAUCGCUUCGGCGAUCGCGACGGCAGUCGCGGUGGCGGACGCUUCGGCGACCGCGGCGGCGGUCGCUUCGGCGACCGGGACGGCGGUCGCGGUGGUGGACGUUUCGGCGACCGCGGCGGUCGCGGUGGACGCGAUUCUUUCCGCAACCGCGACAACUUCGACGAUCGCCCACCACGGCGCUCUUUCGACGAUCGGCGAAGCGAGGACAGGGGCGAAUUCGGCCGUCGUUUCGACGAUCGCCGCCCCGAGCGAGAUUCCUUCCGCCCUCGCGAGCGUUUCGACGACGACUCCCGUCCUCGCUACGACAACGAAGGCUACCGCGCCCGUCCGCAGCGUCGCUCUUUCAACGACGACGACCGUCGUUCGCCACCGCGAGACGAUCGUCGCCGCUCUUUCGACGACGGUCGACGACCGCCGCCUCGCGAUUCCGGCGAACGCCGUCCCGCGGACGACGUUCAAGUCUGGCGUCAAGACGCCGGCGACGACGUCGAUCGCGGCGGCUGGUGA